CGAUCGCGCGCAACACGUCCGGUUGACGACCGAUCCCAAUGCACACACGUCCACAUGUAUACGCGCAGAUGUAAUGUUAUAAUAAUAUUGUGACGCGAUACCGUAAUAUUAUAUAUUAUAUUCCGUCAGCACAUCGCCCCGGUAAUCGCGGUCCGCUCCGCGCUCGUGUGUGUGUCUGUGUAUAUGUGUGUGGAACGAUGACGACGAUAUUAUAAGGCCGUCGUCGUAAUAUAAUAAAGUGCAUAAACCUCAUUAAUUGUUUCCGUUCGGAGCACACAGCUCGGAAAACGGAUUUUUCGCAUCGGUCCGCGACAAACUGCUAUUAACGGUGUUAACCGCGGUGUGGACGGCGUCCCGGAGCGCGAUCGGACUUGGUUUAUCUUUUCUAAUAUUGUACACACAUAGGCCUAUACCGACGGGGGUACUAUGAUGAUGUUGCAGAACCCGCUGUUCCAGGAGUACAACACCGCUCUGUCGCAGUUGCUCGAACUGCACCAACAGCAACACCGGUACCACCAUCACCAGCAGCACCAGCACCAACAACAUCACAUCACCAGCAGACAGCUGCAGCUGCACCGCGCGGCCGGCAACGGAUCGUCCGCCGCAGCAGCCGUCGCCGCCACGGCCGCCGGAGUGUUCCAGAGUUACGCGGGUGGCGCGAGGACGGCCAGCCGGGACAGCGCCGAGUCGGACGGGCUGAGCUCUUCGUCGCCCAGACCCUCCAAGCCGUUCACCAUCGACGCGAUACUCGGACUUCAAGCGGGCGCCGUGGGCCAGUCCGCCGCGGCGACCGCGAUCGACCCGUCGAACGCGGGCCCGGUCACCGCGCUCGAUUUUUCCACCGGUUCGGCGGCGGCUCACGGCAAAAAACUCCGUGAAGACAAAAUUGAAGGUUCCAGUAAAAAACAUGGUUGUUCUGGAAAAUCUAAAAGAGUACGAACAAUAUUCACUCCAGAACAAUUAGAGAGGUUAGAGAUGGAAUUCGAACGUCAACAAUACAUGGUGGGUCCAGAAAGAUUAUAUUUGGCUCACACUUUACAGCUAACGGAAGCACAAGUUAAAGUUUGGUUUCAAAAUCGUAGAAUAAAAUGGAGAAAACAACACCUAGAAAUACAGCAACAGAGGUUGGCUAAUAUACAUCAACGGAGUACGCAGGGAAUGGUUCAAGAGUGUGAAGAAGAUGAAGAUUCAGAAACAGAAGCAAAUAAUUGUUCAUAUUACUCAUAAAAAUUGUAAGGAAAAUAAUAUGUAGUUUUUCAUAAUUUGUGUUUGAUAUUGAAAUGUAGCAAAUCCAUCCAUUGUAAUUUUAAGAAAUACGUGAAAACUAUUAUAAUAUUAUUAAAUCGCAUUUCUCGAAAAAAAAAAAUCGUUAUACCAUAAUAUCAGACAAAUUGAAAAAUGAGAAACUUUUUUUUUCGUGAGAAC